UAUAAGUUGAUUAGGUUAGAACUGGCGAAUGCUUUGCUUAAUAGCAGGGAUUAGUAUUCUUUACUCUAGUGCAAUGCUUUUGGCAUUUUGGAUGUUUCGGUUCUUUUAAUGUUUCACUUCCGAAUGACUCCAUUUCCUGUUAGUAGGGACUGAUGUAAAAUAGUAAAGAAUGCUAUCUGUUGGCUACGAGUUCAACAGAUGAAAUAGUAGAGCUAAUGCGACAUUUCAAUAUAUAUGCAUAUACUCUAUGUACAGCAGCUGCAGCGGAGCUGUCAAGGUUAUCCAAGAAAUGAAAACUUUCACUAGUCUUUUUGUUGGAUAAUCCAUUAGUAGUGUCUAAUGCCUUAUGUUCCCCAUUGUGCAAGAAAGAUGGCAGGUUGGAACUUAGUCAUCUUUGGUAAUUCAUCGAAGUCCAGCUUGGGUAAUUAUCUGUUAUUAUUUUCUGCAAGGUAGGUAACCCAUGAUGCAGACGGGAUAAAAGAGACUUUGCCUUGGAAAUCUGGCUCGAGCUCCUUCGUACCUCCAUGGUAAUGGCACAUACGCACACCUCAAUUGAAUCAAGCUGUUUACCUGUCCGAAUCGAUGGAAUAUAGUCUACGGGGAGCUUCCAAUGAUUGCUAAAUAUAGGCAGACAAAAUUCGUCGCACUGUGCCUGCCAUCCUUCUGCAAGAUACUGCCAUCUUUCGUGAUGCCAAGUUGCUAACAGCCUAACAGUGCGAUUUAGGUUGGGGAGAAAGGACUGGUUAGAGGUUAAAAUUUUGACCGGUUACAGGUUAAUAUAUUUGGAUUGAAUUUAAGUUUCAUAAAAUUUUUUAGAGUUAAUUUCAAACUUUAUAACUUUGCUUGGAAUCCUACAAACUAUUGAUGUUCUAACUAUUAAAAAUGAUAAUAAUCCCUUUAUAAAUAGCUCCAAUUUUGACUGGUAAUUGAAUUGGGUUAGCAACGUACCUUAAACAGUAUCAAGAGUUUGGAAUCUAGGAAAAUUUAAUACAGGAAACUGGUACGUCCAUGAAAGAAGCACUAUCAGUUUAGCAAUCUGCUAAUCCAUGUUUACGGUGGUCACCGACACUCUUUUGCAGUCAUUGUUGGUUACUCCAGUCUCCCAUUUACUUCUGCAUGGAGUCAUCUUUAUUAUUUUUAAACCCUCCUCCUUUCUUUUAUUGAUAUCCAAAUCCACUUUCCAAAGUCAUCUUCGUUGUUUGAGGCCUUGAGCACGUAAGAGAGACUAAAACGAUCGAGAGGAAGAAACUUACUUGGCUUGCUAGAUGGACAGUACAUUACAUAUAUAUCUUCAAACUAGAAACCAUUCUUGCAUGAUAUUGGUAUCACAUUAUCAAGUGUCCAAGAAAAUUAUUAAUUACUACGGGUAUUAAUAUUUAGUUAUAGAAACAUUUUUAUUUCGGGAAUGCUUGGUGGAAGUUAAAGUGACCUUAAAUGUUUCCUGUGAAGUAGCUUGGCCAAAUGUGAUUAAAUUCAUGAGUUAACCCAUCUACCCUUCUGACAGUAGCUUAAGCCCAUAACUGCAGCUUUAAAUAGAGGGAGGUCGUGGGGCAUGGCAACCUUUGGCCAGUUGAUUGUCUUUUACUCGAAAUUUAUCAGUAAUUCAGUAUGAAGUGUAGAGUGUAGACCAAAGGCCAGAGCAGUACUAAUUAUGCACUUAUGCUAGACAAUCAAGGCCUCAAUGGAGACGAAAAUUUCUAUCCUUUUCUCAACACCUAAUCUCUGUACUCUUCUUAUUCUUGUUUUUUUCUCUUUUGCUGCUUCUCCUUCACAUGCUAGCCUCUCUUUCAACUUCUAUGCAACAUCAUGUCCCGCUGCGGAGUUCAUCGUUAGCAACACGGUCAGAUCAGCUUCCUCUAAUGAUCCAACCAUCCCCGGGAAACUAUUGCGCCUGUUGUUCCAUGACUGUUUCGUGGAGGGUUGUGAUGCAUCAGUACUGUUAAAAGGAAAUGGGACAGAGCGAAGUGAUCCAGCUAAUACCUCUCUCGGAGGAUUUUCAGUUAUUGAUUCCGCUAAAAGGGUGCUCGAAAUCUUCUGUCCGGGAACCGUUUCUUGUGCUGAUAUUAUUGCUUUGGCUGCAAGAGAUGCAGUUGCAGUUGCUGGUGGACCUGCAUUUCAGAUUCCAACUGGAAGGAGAGAUGGGAGGAUAUCCAACGCUGCAAAUGUCAGGCCCAAUAUUGUAGAUACAAGUUUUACCAUGGAUGAGAUGAUAAAGCUCUUCAAUUCUAAAGACUUGUCCCUGGAUGACCUUGUUACGCUGUCAGGCGCUCAUACUAUAGGACUAGCUCAUUGUAGUGCAUUCAGUGAUCGAUUCCAGCGAGACUCCAAGGGAAAGCUCACGUUGAUUGACACAACCUUAGACAGUACCUAUGCAGAAGAGCUUAUGAAAAAGUGUCCAGCAGGGGCAAGCACAUCUAACACAGUCAGCAAUGAUCCUGAGACAUCCUUUGCGUUCGAUAAUCAGUACUAUAGCAAUCUCGUAGCCCACAAAGGAUUGUUUCAGUCAGAUUCUGUUCUUCUAGAGGAUGGAAGAACAAGGAAACAAGUAGAAGCUUUCGCAAACGAUCAGCAAAUCUUUUUCCGGAGUUGGGGGGAGUCAUUCUUGAAGCUCACUAUCAUUGGAGUGAAAACAGAUGCCGAAGGGGAAAUUCGACAAUCUUGUUCCUUUGCUAAUAAUUAAUGGGUGAAAAUAUAUAUAUA